AUGAGCACAAACAGAUGGUCUGAAGAUAAUUGUGUCAAAAGGGAGUCAAUCGACAAAUGGAUGACUGGAAGUGCUAUCGACAGCCAACUCAAGGCUAAUAUCCGUAUGUUUGCUGUGUUUGACAUGAAUUCAGUGACAGAAGCAGUGGUUGUGACCAAAGAGGAUGAGGUCUUCAGCGUUAAAGUGAGCGCCGGUUCGGUCACUAAACUACAGGCACUCAGCCAUAAGGGAGUCAUUGAAGUGAGUGUAGGCUAUGAACACGUGUGCGCCCUCACCACCGAUGGACACGUCUAUGCCUGGGGUGGUAACCAAUAUAACCAGUUGGGGAACGGGUCGACCACCAGUUCCACUGAACCCAUGAAAGUAUCAUUGAAUGAGAAAGUGGUGGACAUAUCGUGCGGUUAUCGCUACACACUGGCCCUCACAGAUACCGGACAUGUGUAUGGCUGGGGUUAUAACGGUCAUGGGCAGGUAGGCAAUGGCACCGGUAGUAACCAAUCCGUGCCCAUCCGGGUGAAUGGUUUGCUCGAGUCGUGUCGUAUUGUUUCCAUCUCUUGCGGACACUUUCACUCAAUGGCGGUGUCGGACACCGGAGCUGUCUAUUCAUGGGGUUAUAAUGCACAUGGACAGUUGGGUUUAGGGCACAAAACACAACCAACCAGUCCAGUGCUGAUCACACAUUUAAACCACACAUUCAUUUGUCGUGUGUGCAAUGUGGGACAGUUGGGCACCGGUAACACCACCAAUCAAUCCACGCCUAUUCAGUUAGACAAGAGUUUGGGUCCAUUUCGUGAUAUCGCGGCAAAUAUGAAGACUGAUAUAUCGGUCGCUAUUACAGUGGAUGGUGUGGGCUAUGUAUGGGGUCGAUGUCAGCCCCCAAACGGGACUGUAUUACAGCCAAUGAAGACAACAUAUGACUCAUUACACGACAUAUUCGCUGUCUUCUCGAAGCCUACCGUUACCUAUAAAUCUGUUGUAUUGAGUGAUGUGUCCGAAAGUAAGCCAACAAUUUUGAACACCAAUCCAGUUAUGGCUCAUUUGAAUGAGGCUUUCGACGACCCAAACACCAGUAACUUUAAGUUCAUAGUCGAGGGAAAGCCUAUUCACGUCCACAAAGAUAUACUUCGCAUCCGAUGCCAACACUUCCGGUCAUUGUUUGCCAAUUGGAUCGAAGGGGAGAAACAAGAGCUGGAGUUGCCUCAAUACUCGUAUGACAUGUAUAAGUCAUUCCUGCGAUACCUAUACACGGGUGAGGUAUGUGUCGCACCGGAUGUUGGCAUUGAGUUACUAGAUUUGGCCGAAUCUUACUCCGAGACUGACCUCAAGGAUAAGAGUGUCCGACUUAUACGGAACGGUAUUACAGUCGACAACGUUUUACGUGUAUAUACGGCUGCACUUAAGUAUGAGGUCCCUGAUCUGGAGGACCUGUGUUUUAGCUAUGCUUUGGCACAUAUGACUCAAGUCACCCAAACCAAGGCCUAUAUGGAAAUGGAUGCCAUUAUAUGUAGGGAUUUCAUGCUUAAGGCCUCAGCGAAGGAUGCUUUCAAACACUGAAUUCAUGGCAUUUAUAAUGAGUGUUGAAUUAGUUUUGUCGAAAACGACUUAAAGCAGAGUUAUGUGGGCUAUCACUGGUCACAACGUUAUCACACAAACCACUAAAGUGUUACAUUUAUUUCUUAUCAUAUAU